AGAAAUUCAAACAUCAGAGAGAGAGAGAGAGAGAGAGGGGGGGAGAGAUGCAGAGGAACGAAGCGAGAGUGAAAUCGGGAAGACGACCGCUGAAGGAACUAUCAAACGCUCACAAUAAUCAAGGGAACGGUGUUGGUUUAAGGAACAAUGGCGGAAAAUGGAGUUCGAAGCCCGUGAGUGGGAAGAAGACGUUGCUGCCUUCGGCGGAAAAGAAGCUGGAGGAGAAGAGCAGCACUGGGCGUUGCGAGGAAGGAGAAGAUGACGGUUCUCUUGAUCGGCUGCUGCUCGUCCAGUCCGAUCUUUCCAACCUCACUCGCCAGAUUGAUGAAAUUGUCGUUCAACCGUUCAAGCUUAAGGAGAUCGGCAAAGAGGAGAAGGAGGAAAUCGAAUCCUUUGCAAGCUUCUUGGCUGAAAUGCUGUCAUCCUUGAAGCCAUGGGUUCCGAGAUUGCGAAAUGCUCUCUCUGGUUCUCCCAAGGAAUCAGAGAAGCUGAUGGAACCGUCUUUAGUGGGCACUAAUUCUGGGACUGGAGAUGAGGGUGACGAUGAUGACGAGAACAUUUUAGUUUCCAGUCCCGAGCAAACCAUGGAGUCGUUGAUCUCUCCAUCUCCACUUGUCUCCUGGCGUGCUAAUUGUACUGUCGAAAGGGGUAGGCAAGUCUUUUUGCUCACACCACUGCCCAUGUCCAAAGCACUUUCAUCUAAAUGCCAGGAUUCAACGAGAUCAGUACUCGAAAAGAUAGCCUCAAUCACCAGUUCAUGGCCUCUUCGCGCCUUCUCGGAAGAAACAAAUGACGACUUGCUCAAAGAUGAGGCAGAACAUCCGAAUUCCAGUCAGCCCUCUGAAGAGCCAGGUCCUGUUUCUCCACUCACACUUCCCAGAAGAGAUUACUCCAUGGUCAUCAUGACGCCUUGCUUUAAAGUCUCACCACCAAAGUCCUGUGCAUUGCUCGAGCCUGUUUCAGUAUCUACGCAUUGGAAAAAUUGUAAUACCCGCAAGUCAACACCAUUUCCUGUCAAACCUUUGAGUAAUCUUGGGGAAGAAUCAUCUGAAUCCUCAGGCAGUGAAACUUCUGAUUACUUGGCCACAAAGUACCCGGAGCUACUAGGCAUACGGCAGGCUCAGAAACUGGGCCUCGGAAAGAAAGAUAGAGAAUCAUCCCCUGAUUGGUUCUGUUCGCCCCCCAAGUCUUGCAUUUUAAUGGAGCCUCCUGAUGAGACACCUGCAAAUGUCGCAGCAAACACUCGACCCCUUGCCAAUCAGGAAGCAGGUAUCUUCUUAUCAACAGAAAAGCCUCUUCAGGGUGACCAUCAAGGGACACAACAAGAAGAAUGUUUUGGCAGAAGCCUAGCACUGAUUGAGAGCACUCCAAUAUGGAAAGAUCCUGAGAGCACAUUCGGGAAGGGCAAGAGACCAGGUGAAACCACGCUGAAGAAAGAGCUCUGGACUAAGUUUGAAGCGGCAUCUUAUGGCUUUCUGGUCAAGGGCUCUGCAGUUUUGGAUUCAGAAAAUAAGGGAUUUCUUGAUAGGUUGGACGAGGUUUCAUUAGAUGAAAAGAGCCCAGGUGCUUGAGGCUCUGACCGGACAGGACAGCCGAGUCCAGAGAUUCGUAUUGUAAAUCGGGUUUAAUUUUUUGUUUCGGAUGCAGUCUGUUCACAUCUGAAGGAUUGAGGUCAUAUUACUACUUGCAGUUCGAGGUUCUGUUCUUGUAAGCUGCAGUUUCAGGUUUCGCUGAUGGAACUAAUUCCAUUUAUCUAGCCCCGCAGAAUCAGUAGAGGACGGUCGACCAUGCCAUCUUCAUGAAGCAACUCCAUGUACUUACCAGUAAAUUUUCUAAUGUUAAUUGAUGCUGUCCUCUGCAGAAACAG